AUGCUCCUGAUUUCUCGCAUUGGUGCCAGGCAUAUCCGCAAGAAGCCACUCCACGUUGAGAACCACUACCGUUCUUUCACAAAAUUUGACUCAUUCGGCAACUCCCCCAUUCCUGCUUCCAAACAGCGUUUCGUUCCUACAUCUGGCACCUAUCCAAAGGGCUUCUUAGUGGGUAGUACGAAUGUUGGGAUAAAGCCAGAUGGUCUAUCUCAACCAGACUUGAUUUUAGUCGCGAGCGAGAAGAAAUGGGAGACUUGUGGAGCUGCUGUACUUACGAAGAAUGAGUUUCCAGCCGCUAGUGUGGUUGUUACUAGGGAUUUGUUGAAGAAAAGCAAGGGCAGAGGGCUGAGAGGUGUCGUGGCGAAUUCCUGGUGUGCGAAUUUACUUACGGGGGAGAAGGGACUGGAGGAUUCGAGAAAUAUGAGUAGGGAAGCGGGACGGAUUGUGUCUGGUGAGGGAACCGGACAAGGAGAGGAAUCUGUGAUGGUUAUGCAUACAGGUAUGGGUGGACAACGACUCCGUAUUGAUAACAUCAUCCAAGGUUUUCCCAAUCUCCAGCAAGAAAUGGGGACCACGCAUGAUCACUGGAUAGAAGCCGCGCGGGGCAUCUGCACAACUGACACCUUCCCCAAACUCGCAUCCCGGACCUUCACACUUCCAUCCUCGCCGGAAACAACUUUCUCCAUCGCAGGCAUCACCAAAGGUGCGGGUAUGAUCCAUCCAAACAUGGCUACCACACUUGGUAUAAUUUGUACCGAUGCUCCUAUUACACCUCCUGCCCUCCAACAGCUCUUGAGUACGGCUGCGGACAAGAGUUAUAAUUGCAUUUCUAUCGAGGGCGACACGAGCACGAAUGACAUGGUUGCUAUGCUCGCAAAUGGUGCCGCUGCACCUAACAAUGCCCAUUUCCCAGUUGACUUCGAUUCCUCAGCAGAAUCACAAUCUGAAGAUUUCAUCGCUUUUCAAAGAAUGCUCAUUGAGUUCAUGGCCGAUCUAGCAAAGUUGGUAGUAAGAGAUGGUGAAGGUGCAACGAAGUUUAUUACUAUACGAGUACGAGGCGCGCCUACUUACCCAGCUGGUAAACAUAUCGCGUCCGUAAUUGCACGCUCUGUGCUAUUCAAGACGGGGGUCUAUGGCAAGGAUCCAAACCCUAUAGGUGUUCUGGCUGCAUUGGGUUAUUCAUUGAUGGGUACGGAAUUUGCUGGAAAGGGGAUAAUUAACCCUGAAUCUACGUCGGUGAGCUUUAUGCCUGUUGAUGGCACGGACGAAUUGAACUUUGUGAAGAAAGGCAGGCUGGUGAAAGUUGAUGAGGUAAGGGCUAAAAAGCUGAUGGAGGAAGAGGAUGUGGAGGUGAUAGUGGAUUUACGGGAUGAUGGGAGGAAAUGGCGCGAAGACGACGAGGAGGCGGUUUAUUGGACAUGUGAUAUUACGCAUGAGUUUGUUACUAUAAAUGGGGAUUUCGGGAACUAA